AUGACCCUCCCCUUUCAUACCAUACUCCAAGCCGCAGCUCAACCCAUCGCGAACCUUUUCAACCUUCCCCACCUCCCUGACUACUUUCCCACCCUCUUCUACGCCUUCCUCGCCUUCACCGCAAUCCAUCUCGUCAUCUCCCCCUUUCUCAGCGCUCGCAUCUUCCCUCAAAGCUAUGGCAAGCUUCGCUCACGGCGCGCCGUCAACCAGUGGAACAUCCAAGUCGUAUCGCUCUUCCACGUCUUCGUCGUCCUCCCCUUGGCUAUAAGCUGUUUCCGCUCCGAGACGCUCACUGCCGAUAAACUGUACGGAUGGGAUGACCGGGUGGGCACGACCGUUGCAGUAGCUUGCGGAUACUUCAUCUGGGAUGCUUUGGACGCGAUCAUCAACUUUGACGACUUGAGUUUCCUCAUCCACGGCGUCUUCUGCUGUACGCUUUACAUGAUGACCUUCCGGCCGUUCCUCGGUUACUUCGCGCCUCGCUUCCUCCUCUGGGAGACGAGCACCAUCUUCCUGAACAUCCACCGGUUCCUCGAUAAGACGGGCUACACGGGCAGCACCGCGCAGUGGAUCAACGGCAUCAUCCUCCUCUCGACCUUCUUCUCGUGCCGCAUCGUCUACGGGUGGUACCUCACCGUGCAGUUCAUGGAGGCGCUCUUCUCCGCGCGCGCCCAGCUGCCCAACAGCUACCUCUUCGUGUUCUGCGUCGGGAACCUCGCGCUGAACACCCUCAACAUCAUCUGGUUCUACAAAAUGAUCUUCGCAGUGCGCAAGCGGUUUGACAAGGAGGCGAAGCCUCUCACCUCGGACAGCGCGUCCGUGCGCGCCGCUGCUGCUAAUGGCUCUGCGAACGGUCCCGCGGCCCCCGUGAACGUCGAUGGGGCGACGAACUGA